CACAAACAGAGUAACUACUAAAUACCUUGAAAAAAUAAUGAUCUAUGAUGAUCAUAUGCAAGUGAUCUGUGUAUCACACUAAUAAGAUUAGUCUCUCUCUAUCUCUCGAAUGGAGCAGAGGCUUAUUGCACUCGUGACAAACACAUAUAGAAGUAGCAGCAUUUUAUCUCUGGAUUCCGUGAAACCCUUCUACAACAUUGUAAGAUCACCGGUAACUUAAACUUGUUUCCAUCAGGAUGAAGUCUUGCGGAGGAUGUACACGUCAAAAUUAUUACAUCAUUAUAUAUCGUCUAACAAUCCUAUCAACAUUUCUUAUCGGGGGACACUAUGGCUAUCGAUGUUUUUAUCCAGAGGACACGUAUAUUGACCUAUCCAAAGGGUUAAUAAUGUUGAAAUUCUUCACAUGUAUUACACAGAAUUUAUGCUUUAUGUAUUAUCUGACAUCAAUUGUAUUUCUGCUAUUUGGCUACAAGAAUUUACACGCCUAUUUCUACUUGUCAGCAUUUGGAUAUGAUAUGACUAUGAUGUCUAUUUAUUGGGCAGCAAAUUUCUAUGAUCAGACAAUGAUUACUAGUAUAGAAGAUUUGAAGUAUAUGCCACUGUGGUUUAAUCACCUUACUCAUACAGUUGGACUACCAGCUUUGCUGCUGGAUGCAUAUUUAUGCAUACCAAAGUGUGUUUCUUUUAAAAAGUCAAUGCUGAUUUCAUUCCCUCUUGGUAUGGCUUAUAAUAUCUAUGUUGAAACUGGAAUCCUUCUAUGGAAUACAAGCCCGUAUCCAGAGAUAUUGAAGUAUGGAUUUCUUUUACGACAUUUUAGUUAUCUGAGCGUAUGGUUAAACCUGAUGUUUUUCACAUAUCUUGGAACAAAAUUUGUACAGUAUUUAAACAACACCUACAACAUCAACAACAACAACAGCAACGAUAACCAAUCUCAAAAUAUGUACAAGUGGCAUACUGAUUAAAUUGAAUGUAGCGCUAUGUAAGCUGAAGACAAUCGAUUUUAAACAAAUAUGGUUAUUGAAACCAUUGAACAUUGAAAUUUAUUUUUUUUAUGCUAUGCAAAAGCCGUUUUUUCUUUGCAGACUGUAAUUUCAGUCAAAAAUUAUAUUUUGCCUAUACUAGAAUUGAUGAAAUUAUUGUAAAUACUUGAUCAGUAGACUUUUCUUAACA